CACUGACCCAUGGCCCAUGGGCAUGCGGCGAUACGCUGUAUAAAUCGCAGACAAUGCCGAUGGUCAUAUCCACUCGUUUGGUGCUGGUGCUGGGUUGCAGUGGGUGAAUGCUUGGAUGACCGCCAUGGGGUGUUUCAAAUACACCUUGAUUCACUUGUCAACUCUACUCCUCCUCGCCCAUUCGGCCACCGUGAAAGACAUAUUUAACCUCAACACCGCCCGUGUCCCCCGCGACAACAAGUACUACCCCCGGUACAGCUCCAGUACUACCAACCUCCAACCGUUAAACCGUGCUGUUAAACCCGAGGAUUCCCCCGAGGGCGAAACGCCGACCAAUCCGGUUGAGAAACGAUGCACCCGAUGUGACUCGAGUUAUUCCGAUUCGCGGUAUCCGUACGAGGCGAGGCCGAGGUAUGACGAACGCAGAUACCGGCCAUAUGAGUAUGAUGAUCGCCGGUCUGACCGAUAUGACCGGUAUGAUGAUCGGAGGUAUGACCGGUAUGAUGACCGGAGAUAUGACCGGUAUGACAGAUAUGAGGAUAGAUAUGACAGGGAUCGGUAUGAUAGAAGGCCGGGGUAUGACCGGUAUGACCGAGAUAGGUAUGAUAGAUAUGAUAGGGAUCGGGAUUAUGGGGGGAGAUAUGACCGGUAUGAUAGGGAUUAUGAUAGGGGAUUCGGGUAUGAUAAUCGGGGGUAUGACUAUAGGGAUAGAGGAUUUGGGGAUUAUCAGACGUCGGGAGGGGGAUGGGAAGGAGGGAGAGGGUAUGGAGGACGGCCGGAAGGUGGAGCGGGGUACUGGGGAACAGGGGGGUAUGCUAGUGGAUGGAAUUAUGGAGGAGGAAGGGAUGAAGGGAGAGAUAGGGAUUAUGACGGCUUCAAACCGUGGGAUGAGACGUAUAGAGGCACCUCAGGAUGGGAUAGCCAAGGCCGAGGAUUUUAUUUCGCUACGGGAAUCCCCGAAGUUGGGACACAGCAUUGGGGAAGUAGUGGAUAUCUCGAUCGGGACAGAAAUCCCGGACCGUCAUGUUGUCCUCCCGACAGCCACACAUCGGUUUCCCCCCUAAUAACGAUCCAGCCGGUGGACGAUAAACGAUACAGUGGAGGAGGAGGAGGAGGAGCGGGAGGAGGGGGAGGUUAUUACCGCCCAAGAGACCCCUACGACGGUUACCGGAGUACGAGUUACUUGUACGGAAGGCCGUCCUCGACCACCACUAACCGGACUCCGGAGAGUGACACCGGAGUGACACAAAGUCCGGAGCAAGACAACACCUCAGGUUAAUUUUAAGAAAUCUUGUGCAAUUUUAUUUUUUAACAUACUUAGAAAACUGCCUUGUUUGUUUAAUCAACCAAAGAACAUUAACAGUAUUUGAUUUCUCUGUGUAUUUAAUUUAAUUAUUUUAUAAUAAAGGUUUUUG